UGUGUUAAAAAAAGUUGGUUGAGUUAAUUUUCGAUGAGCAAAAAAUCCUCUUUUGGUAUAAUAGGAGCAUUAUGUUUGUUUUGCAAAUAGGCAUCUAGUUUAACCAACAAGCUGGCCUACCAUAACCGCUGAGUUAAGACCAAAAUCAAGAAAAGAGGUGAAUUGCUUUGCUUGUUGCGCUGAAAAGACAUAUGUUGUAAUUCAUGAAUGGCCCAUCUUUGCCACUGUUCAAGAAAUUGACGCACCUAAAACGAGUCAUUGAAACAACAGCUACAGCAGCAGAGCAAUGCAAGUCUCUCUUAGAACACUGCGCCAAAAUCAAAUCUUUAAGAACCACCAAGGGAGUCCAUGCUCAUACCAUUACACUCGGGCUCCUACAAUCCAUCAGCUCGACCCAUUUGCGUUCUCUCCUGACAGCAGCAUAUGCACUCUGUGGUCACACUUCCUAUGCUCGGAAAGUGUUCGAUGAAUUGCCUCAACGAACUUUGCUGUCAUACAGGUCCAUGAUAAGAAUGUACACCCAGAAGGGGUUCCCUAACAUUGCCCUCAAACUCUUCGGGGAAAUGCUGCGAUCGGAUAAACACAAGCCUGACAGGCAUACAUUUCCUUAUGUGAUUAGGGCGUGCAGUGAUCUGUUCUUACCUCAGCAGGGUAUUGUUAUUCAUGGGUUGACUGUUAUAAGUGGGCAUAUGUGGGAUACUUUUGUGGGAAAUUCACUUUUGUCCAUGUAUAUGAGUUGUGGAGAUAAAGAGGGUGCUAGGAGGGUCUUUGAAGCAAUGCAGGUACGAACUGUUGUGACCUGGAAUACUAUGAUCAGUGGGUAUUGCCGAAAUGAUAGUCCUAAGGAGGCACUAAUGAUUUACAGGAAAAUGGAAGAUGCUGGUGUUGACGCUGAUUGUGCCACUGUGCUUUCCGUGUUGCCUGCGUGUGGGUGUCUGAAGGACUUUGAGAUGGGUAGAGAGGUUCACUCACUGGUUGAACAAGUAGGUUUUUGGGACAAUUUGUCAGUUCGGAAUGCUGUCAUUGAUAUGUACGUCAAGUGUGGAAGAAUAGAUGAAGCAAGGUUGGUUUUUGAGAAGAUGAUAGAUAGAGAUGUGGUUACUUGGACUUCAAUGAUCCACGGUUUCAUUUCAGAUGGUGCCAUAAAAAAUGCACUAUGGUUUUCUCAAAGGAUGCAGCUUGAAGGUGUAAAGCCUAAUGCAGUAACUCUGUCAUCCCUUCUUGCUGCAUGUGCCAGUUUACCUCAUUUGAGGCUUGGUAAAUGUCUGCAUGGCUGGGCUAUCAGGCAGGACCUUCAGGCUGAUGUUAAUGUAGAAACUGGCCUUAUUGACAUGUAUGCUAAAUGCAAUUGUUUUAGACUAGGCUAUCAGGUGUUUACAAAGACUAGCAAGAAGAGGACUGUCCCAUGGAAUGCAAUUUUGUCUGGGUGCCUUCAUAAUGAGCUUGCAAGAGAAGCGAUAGAGCUUUUCAAGUUCAUGUUGUCAGAGGCUGUCAAACCUAAUGAUGCAACCCUGAAAAGUGUACUUCCUGCAUUUGCCAUUGAAGCUGAUCUAAGGCAAGCGUUGAGCAUGCACAGCUAUCUUGUAAGAUCCGGAUUUGUUACAAGAACUGAGGUAGCUACUGGUUUAGUUGAUAUAUACUCGAAAUGUGGAAACUUAGAUAAUGGUCACAAGAUUUUCAAUGGGAUACCCAAGAAAGAAAGGGACAUAAUAUUGUGGAGUACGUUAAUUGCUGGUUAUGGGAUGCAUGGGCAUGGCGAGACUUCUUUGUCACUGUUUAAUGAGAUGGUGCAAUCUGGGGUCAAACCUAACGAAGUCACUUUCACCUCGGUUUUGCAUGCUUGUGGUCAUGCUGGUUUGGUGGAUGACGGUCUUUGUUUGUUUAAUUUUAUGCUUACAAAUCACUCUGGCAGUCUUAGAACAGAUCAUUAUACCUGUAUGGUUGAUCUUCUUGGUCGAGCUGGCCGACUUGAGGAGGCAUAUGAACUUAUUAAAACUAUGACUUUUGAACCAAGUCAUGCCGUCUGGGGUGCACUACUUGGUGCCUGUGUGAUACAUGAAAAUGUGGAACUGGGAGAAUUGUCUGCAAGGUGGCUGUUUAAGGUGGAGCCAGAGAACACAGGAAAUUAUAUACUGUUGGGAAAGAUCUAUUCCGCAGUUGGAAGAUGGAAAGAUGCAGAGAAUGUGAGACUUUUGAUGAAUGAAGUCGGACUGAUAAAGGCGCCAGCUCAAAGUGUCAUUGGGUGACAAGUAGGUGAUUUCUUUUAGUUUCCUUGCAAAUAGAGCUAAACGAGGGCUGCAGGGUGAGGGUAACAUCAGAGAAAUAUGCAACAAUAGGACCAAAGCUAACCCUCUUAAGUCUCCGGUGGUGUUUAUAAUCUCCUCGAUUUUGCUAUUGUAAUUAUAUUUCUGCAGUGCACCUCAUACCAGCUCGAUAUAUAAUUGCAAGGCGGAUUCAUUUUUAUACGAUCGGUCAACCACAACUGGUUCAUGUGCUCAU